GCUUAAAUAUCUAUAUAGAGCAGGCGCAGCCUGCCUACGAAAGUGUGUCACAGUUAACUAGGACUUUUCAUGUCAGUGUAUGCUCAGAAUAUUCUCAGGUGCCAUCGUCAUCAGUAAAGAGGCGGUGAUGACAGCCGAUCGGUUAGGAGCUAUUGGAAAACCGAACCAACGCUCUACGGAAAGAUGACCGGGCGAUUGGAAGCUAAUGCUGCCCCUUUGAUAGGCUCUCCUCCCGCCCCAGCCCAGCGAUCUGCAACCGCCCUAGCAGCCAUGCAGUUUAUCGCUGGAGGAACCGCGGGCUUUGUUGAAGUAUCCAUUAUGCACCCUCUGGAUCUAGUGAAGACACGUUUUCAGAUUCAGCGAGGCCCUGAGGAUCCACAUCGAUACACCUCCCUGGUGGACUGUUUCAGGAGGAUGUACCGGACAGAAGGCCCACUAUCAUUCUACAAAGGCAUAUUCCCACCCCUUCUGGCUGAAACACCAAAACGAGCUGUCAAGUUUUUUACCUUUGAGAGAUACAAGCAGUUGUUUUCAUAUGGGAACUAUAUGCCAACUCCAAUGCUGUUCUCCAUGGCUGGGUUGUUUGCAGGCCUAACAGAGGCUAUUGUUAUAAAUCCCUUUGAAGUUGUGAAAGUGAAGCUACAAGCUGAAAGAUCAGUCUACGCAAAGCAAAAUACUACAUUUGCAACAGCAAAAGAGAUCAUCAGAAGCAAAGGGUUUGGACUUGAAGGGAUGAACAAAGGGCUGACAUCCACCUUACUUAGACAUGGGGUUUUCAACAUGAUUUACUUUGGGUUUUAUCACAGUGUGAAGGGGUUUGUGCCGCAGUAUUCAGAUCCGUCUCUUGAUUUGGUACGGAGAUUUGCUAUUGGAUUAACAGGAGGAAUUAUGGCCUCGUGUGUUAACAUUCCGUUUGACGUUGCCAAAAGUCGCAUCCAGGGCCCACAACCUGUACCUGGCCAGAUUAAGUACAAGACCUGCUUCAGGACAAUCGCCAUAGUUUACAGGGAAGAGGGAUUCAGAGCCUUGUAUAAAGGGUUACUUCCCAAGGUGCUCAGGCUAGGUCCAGGUGGUGCUAUAAUGCUGUUGGUGUAUGAGGCCGCAUUUGAAUGGUUGCAGAGAGUUUUGUGAUGGCUCUGGAGAUAAUCACCCAGGGCAGAAGUGAAGUGUUCUAGUCACAGAGCCUACUGCAGACUCUGGUUGAUGAAAGGUUGUGAUAAAUACCAAGAGAUACCACAUUGUAACAAGUUAACAAAGGCAUUCACAUUGGUGCUCCAUACAAUUAUUCACAACUGUAUGACAUCUAUACAUGUAAUACAAUUUGUUAAGGAUUUCUUUUUUUGUCAUGAGAAAUAAUUGUUUGUAAGUGAUUUAUGCUACAGUUAUGUAGUCGGCAUCUUUCCAAUCUGGAAUUUGUUUCCAGAUUGGUAACAUUUGAAUACCCCUUCAUUUAUUGUUAAUAAAGGUUGAUGCAUGGAAUCUUGUUCAAUCAUGUUGCCACAUUUCCAUCAUGUAUGCUGUUCACUAUCUUUCCAAGAUCAAUACUCUGCAACCAACAUGUUUAGUCUCUUAGUUGUACUGAAAAAAUCAGAAACAACAUCCUUAGAAUUAAACGCAGAAAAAUUGUGAAUGAUUAAUGUGCUGUUCAAGGGCUUUUUUUCUUCAAAUUUUAAGAUUUUCUGGAAAGGAAAUGUUUCUAAUAUACAUAUGUUAGAUUGUGUUGAUUAUUGAGUAAGGUCAUGUUGCAUAAUUUGUUAUUCUAUUGAAUUGGAAUAGAUAUUAUAGUGUUGAAAAGUGCACGUAAAUGUGGUGUCUAUUGGGGAAAGUUGUCAUGAGUGGAGAGGAUAGGAGGGGCCUACUGAAAAAACAAUAUAAUGAUGAAAAAUGUCUUGGAGAAUAUAUCUUCUUUGGAGGAGAGAUCUAGUAGAGAAACAAUAUACCAAUGAGAAAUGUCAUGUGGAGAAAAAUAUCUACAUUUGGGGAGGGGACAGGAGGGGUGUACUAGAUGAGAAAUGUCUUCAGUUGUGGAGAAAAUGUCUACAUUAGGAGUUGGGAAGGGAGUUGUUUACUAGAGAAAGAAUAUACUGAUGAGAAAUGUCUUAUUGAGAAAAAUGUCUUUCUCAAAAAUUUCUCAGGGAAAAUAUCUAUGUGCAAAAAUGUCUCGCGUAGGUAGGCUUAUCAUUUUCUUUUUAACAUUUCAGGCCCAGCUUUAACAUUUAUGAAAUAUGAUGUUUUAACAAAGUUUUACUUUUAUGCUGAUAUGUGCCAAUUAAUGUCAUAGUAAGUUUAUUACCGGUGUUGCAGAUGUGCGCUAUGCUUGCAGGAAGAUAUAAAUGUAGACACAUGUACACAUGUACAUGUUUUGAUUUAUACAUGAACAAAUAUCAUAAUGUCGAAGAAGGGUUAAUAAAAUGGUUGUUGGCUGAUUUUUUUUUUCAGUUUUUGGGGGAAAUAUUUAACAAGCAAAUCAUCAACAUUGAAUAAACAAAUUAGUUGAACUAAAGUAGAAAGUGUUUUGCCGUUUUUGUUUAUGGUUUGUUUUAUACUGUUCAUUUCACUUAAGCAGCUAUAUGUUUUACUUCAUGUGGUUGAUGAGUGGCUAUCUACUCAAGACAAGUUUAUAAGCAUGUACCAAUAAUAUUUUUAUUUUAGCACCAGUCUUUGCAAUCAUUCAGCGUGACUGCCCCAUUUAUCAGUCUACAUACACUUCUAGAUUUUCUGCUUCAAGCUUUUGAACAAAUGUAGUAUAGCUUCAGAAAAUGCACAUACUUGUUCAUACAAGUAAUGUAUACAUUUCAUUAUUUUGACUUAAUGUGAUUAAAAUUGAUUUUAUGUAAGUCUUAUUCUUGUUUACUCCUGUCUGUUUUGUGCUAUUUUUUUUCAGUCAGAUAUAUUAUUGCAGAGGAUCAGAUUUCAGAACAAGUGUACUCACCAGUAUUUACUUGAAAAACUGUAAAUCUAUUCAGGUAUGACUUAAUGUAUCGACUAUCAAGGGAAACAGUCAGACAGUUUACACUUAAUAUAGCAUUGUGCUCCGUCAUUUUUUGUUGUAAUAAACCAUAUUAAAACAUUAAACCUAUGCCUUGAUUCAAGUAUUGACACCAUCAAAAUUGUUUAACCAGUUUGGUAAAUAAAAACCAGUGUUCAACC